AUGAAAAGAACAACACCAAAUAUUGAACAAAAUCGAAAUAGAUCUAAUCAUCAACAAGUCAUUGAUCUAGAUGAAAUUGUUGAAAAAUGGGUUUGGAAUAUGUGGAAUAGAACAAAAACGAAAUCAUUAGCUCGUUAUAAACGUGAAGAAUUGCUUGUCAUAAUAAAUUGGAAACAUGUUGUAUUCAUACAAAAUGAUACACAUUUUUAUGGUUCACCACCUGUACGUUUACCAAAAUCACAAAUACUUUUUCGAACAAAUUUUAAUAAUAAUACAUCUAAUGAACAUUCUUAUAUAUUUCAAACAGAACGUUUUACACGUUCAAUAUUUGAAUUUAAAUUUAUACAAAGUCUUACAAAAUCACAAGAAUCAGCAGUCAUAUUGCGUUUACCAGAAGAAGUUGUUGAAUUAGAUGGAGGUAUAAAACGUGAACAAUCUGUAGAAUUUGGACAAGAUACUAUAAAAGAAUACAAAAUGCGUUGGAGUGUCAAUACUAAUGUGCGUGUUGCACCUUAUACACGUACAUAUGCUGAACUAAAUAUUGAUGAAGAAGAAUUUCAUGGUGAUUUUACUGUAUCAAUUCAAUUUUUUGGUCGUAUUACAGCAACAAUAGCAACUCGUCAAUCACCGAAUACAUAUGUAAAAUUUAUUGAUGGUGAUAUUGUUCAAAUUAUUCGUGAAGCUAUGGAAUAUGAUAAUUCAUUAUAUAGUUUUGAAAUUUUUGACGAUAAUCCACCUGUAGUACAAUUUACAAUGCGUGGUAAAUGUUCAUUUCGAUAUGGUAUUCAACAACAUGUUAUCCUUAAGCAAGAAUCAUUAAAAUCAUCAUCAUCAUUAUCUUCUUUUCUUAAUCAAAAUUAUAUUUCAUCAAUUCGUUCUAAUUAUCGACCAAUUCGAACACAGUUAGCAUCAUCAAAUAGUUCUCUUCAUUUACAUAUUGACGAUGAUGAACAAGUAUAA